AUGUGCUCGCAAGACAUCUCCGUUACUCAUUUCUAUAUAAGGGAAUCUUAUCAGUUAUAGUCCAAGUAGUUAACGUUAAACAAAUACGAGUUAAACCAUUAUAGUUAUAUGUAUGUACAUGUACGUGUAUACAUAUAUGUUAUUGCAGUCACUGAGACAUGAGACAGCAUGUGGAGGAGCUUCAAUGUGACGUUCAAGGUUAAAUGGUGGCUAAUUGGCCUGCGCGCGCAGCAGCAGCAUCCCACUCCCACCACCAGCACCAGCGCCUUCGUAUCUAGGUAAUAAACGUUAUUGAUAAUAACAGAAACAUUGCUCGGUCACAGUCAGAGUGAGUGAGUCUCAGUUGGAAUCAUGGCACCAAGGCAUAUACUUGAACUCAGUGUGGAUGAGCAGCGACGCUUCAUCGACUCCUUCGAUCUGAUGAUCAGUGACUGCGAUGGAGUUGUUUGGCUCCUGGUUGGUUGGAUACCCGGUACCGGCGAGGCAAUUAAUGCGCUUAAAAAUGCCGGUAAAUCUAUCAAAUUCGUGUCCAACAACAGCUUCCGCACUGAUGAACAGUACAUGGAGAAAUUUGAUAAAAUUGGUGCCCGCAAUGUGCAACACGAUGACAUUGUGCAUCCGGUGAAAAGUAUUGUUCGCUAUUUGCAUCAAAAUAAGCCGGGACAACGUGUCUACUCGCUCAUGUCCCUGGAGGCCAAUGAGACAUUGCGUAAGCACGGGAUUGAGUACGAAUCACUGCAAAUCAAGGAGCAUUUAACCUCGGCCACGCUGGUGGAUUAUCUGACCAUUGAGGAGCCUGUGGAUGCAGUGCUCUUUGAUAUACAUCUGGAUCUGUCAUACGUGGAGCUGGCCAAGGCCAUACGUCAUCUGCAGAUGAAUGAGAACUGCCAGCUGAUAGCCGGUGGUAGUGAUGUCAUUAUGCCACUGGCCGAUAAUCUUAAUGUGGCUGGCUUCUAUGAUUUCCUGCAGCAUGUUAAGCGUUAUACGGAUCGGGAGGCCACCUUUCUUGGCAAACCAUCGCCCAUUCUCGGCGAGAUGCUUAAGAACAUGUACAACAUUGAGGAUCCCAGUCGUUGCAUAUUUGUGGGCGAUAUGUUGGUACAGGAUGUGCAAUUUGGCAAAUCCUGCGGCUUCCAAUCGCUGCUUGUGCUCUCCGGCAGCCUGACCAAAGAUGAUAUGGAUGCGGCGCCACCAGAAGCUCAGCCAGACUAUUAUGCCGAUAGUCUGGCCGAUUUUGUCCAAUUGCUGAAGAAUGUACAAUAGACUUAAAGCGAAUUCAGCAUAGCUGUCAACUUUAUUACUUAUUGUUGUUCGUGUUGUCCAGUUUCAUUGAAUUAAAAAAAAUAUAUCUAUA